GGAGCACGCUCCCUGGCUGUCACGCUCUCGUCUCCAACUCGAUAAUUCGUCCGUGGGCUCAUUGAAGUGGAGCGUGGACAUGAACUGAGCGAUCUGUCCCCACGACGACAGCAACAACAAUAACAAUAAAAAAAACAUCCAGCGGGAGCCACAACAAAGAUGCGACCAUGACUCAGCCGCAGCAAAAUGAGUUCAUUCCUCCCCCGGAGUGCCCAGUCUUUGAGCCCAGCUGGGAGGAAUUCGCCGACCCGUUUGCGUACAUCAACAAAAUACGACCCAUCGCAGAGAAAACUGGCAUCUGCAAAGUCCGCCCGCCGCCGGAUUGGCAGCCGCCUUUUGCCUGUGAUGUUGACAGACUGAAGUUCACACCACGGAUACAAAGGCUCAAUGAAUUGGAGGCUCAGACCAGAGUUAAGCUCAACUUCCUGGAUCAAAUGGCAAAAUUCUGGGAGCUUCAAGGAUGCACUCUGAAAAUUCCUCAUGUGGAAAGAAAGAUCUUGGAUCUUUAUCAGCUGAAUAAGUUGGUGAAUGAAGAGGGAGGUUUUGAUGCAGUCUGCAGAGAGCGACGCUGGACUAGGAUAUCCGUCAAGAUGGGCUUUGCGCCGGGCAAGGCAAUUGGCUCUCAUCUGCGAGCGCACUAUGAGCGGAUCCUCUACCCAUAUAACCUGUUCCAUACUGGAACCAAUCUGCCUAAGGCCACCUUGACCAAUGACACUAAAGAUAAGGAGUACACCCCUCAUGACCUGCCGCAGCGCCAGUCUGUCCAGCCUCAGGAGACCUGCAGCAUUGCUCGCCGAGCGAAACGAAUGAGAUCUGAAAGAGGUUGUUUUAAAACGGAACCUGGUGAAGAUUGUGAGAAUCGUCCCAAUCUCAGGAGGAGGAUGGGAACAUUUGCUGUCAAACCAGAGCGUGUGAGAAUGGCGAUCACACAGGUGAAAAAGGAGCCCAUUGAACAUGAGGAUCCAACAGAAUAUGAAGAAACUUUAUUAAAACCGAUCAUCAAACCUCCCCAGAAUAAAGUGGACCAGUACAUGUGCCAGGUAUGUGGCAGUGGGACCGCUGAGGAACGCCUGCUGUUGUGUGACGGCUGUGAUGACAGCUACCACAUUUUCUGUCUGAUCCCUCCCCUCCACGAUGUUCCCAAAGGCGACUGGAGAUGUCCCAAGUGCCUGGCUCAGGAAUGUGGCAAACCUCCUGUCGCUUUUGGCUUCGAGCAGGCCGGCAGGAGCUACACCCUCCAGGCCUUUGGAGACAUGGCCGACUCCUUCAAGUCGGAUUAUUUCAACAUGCCAGUUCAUAUGGUUCCCACAGAGCUGGUGGAGAAGGAGUUCUGGCGUCUCGUCAGCACCAUCGAGGAUGACGUCACCGUGGAGUACGGAGCAGAUAUUGCCUCCAAGGAGUUUGGGAGUGGUUUCCCUGUGAGGAACAGCCAUUUUGAGCUCUCUCCUGAGGACGAGCAUUACCUGACCAGUGGCUGGAACCUGAACAACAUGCCGGUGCUGGACAGCUCGGUGCUGACUCACAUUACAGCCGACAUCUGUGGGAUGAAGUUACCAUGGCUGUAUGUGGGAAUGUGCUUCUCCUCCUUCUGCUGGCAUAUUGAGGACCACUGGAGCUACUCCAUAAACUAUCUUCACUGGGGGGAGCCAAAGACGUGGUACGGGGUCCCUGGUUACGCUGCAGAGCACCUCGAGUCUGUCAUGAAGAAACUGGCCCCUGAGCUGUUUGAGUCCCAGCCAGAUCUUCUUCACCAGCUGGUCACCAUCAUGAAUCCCAACACACUGAUGAACAACGGCGUCCCGAUCUAUCGCACCAACCAGUGUGCAGGCGAAUUCGUCAUCACCUUUCCCAGAGCUUACCACAGUGGAUUCAACCAGGGUUUCAACUUUGCUGAAGCCGUCAACUUCUGUACAAUGGAUUGGAUGCCCAUUGGCCGUAACUGUGUGGAACACUAUCGCCAGCUGAGCAGGUACUGUGUCUUCUCACAUGACGAGAUGGUUUGUAACAUGGCCUAUAAAGCAAUCACGAUGGAUGUGGACCUGGCGUCAGCAGUGCAAAAGGAGAUGACGCUCAUGCUCCAAGAAGAAGAACAACUAAGACAGAAGAUUAAAAAAAUGGGUGUGGUGCAAUCAAAGCAAGUUGAUUAUGAGGUGCUCCCAGACGAGGAACGGCAGUGCACAAAGUGUCGGACCACCUGCUACCUGUCUGGCAUCACAUGCGCUUGUAGUCCCGGCAAGAUGGUUUGUCUGUACCACACCCACCAUCUCUGCUCGUGUCCUCGCAGCAACCUCACACUCCAUUACAAGUUUACAAUGGAUGAGUUGUACCCCAUGAUGGCAUCAGUGAAGGUGCGUGCAGAGUCGUAUAAAGACUGGGUCUGUAGUGUUCGGGAGAUCCUGGAGAACAAAGGAAACAAGAAAAAAGGUUUGGAAGAGCUUCAUAGUUUGGUGGAACAGGUGGAGACAAAGGUGUUCCCACUCACCAGCUCCCUGGAUCAGCUCCGCACCGUCGCCACAGAGGCGGAUAAAGUUGCUGCGAUGGCACAACAGCUUCUCAAUGGAAAGAGACAGACGAGGUAUCGUUCUGGAGGAGGAAAAUCUCAAAACCAGAACGAAUUGACUGUGGACGAGCUGAGGUCUUUCGUCCGACAGUUGGACAACCUGCCGUGUACAAUCCGACAGGGUCCGUUACUGAAGGACCUAUUGACCCGGGUGGAUGACUUCCAGCAGCGCAGUGAAUGUCUCCUCUCUGACGAGACUCCUAGCCCACUGGAGCUGCAGGACCUGCUGGAUGUGAGUCUGGGCCUGGACGUGGAGCUACCCCAGCUGCCCCUGCUGAGGGAGAGACUGGAGCAGGCUCGCUGGCUGGAGGCCGUGCAGCAGGCCAGCAGCUGGCCCGACAACCUCUGUCUGGACACCAUGAGGAGGCUGAUAGACCAGGGCGUGGGUCUGGCCCCUCACAGCUCCGUGGAGAGAGCCAUGGCUCGUCUGCAGGAGCUGCUGACGGUGUCGGAGCAGUGGGAGGAGAAGGCUCUCAGCCUCAUCGAGGCUAGGCCAUGUCACAGCUUAGAAACUCUUGACGCUGCUCUACAAGAAGUAGACAACAUCCCUGCUUAUCUGCCCAACUGUCUGCAGCUGAAGGACGUCGUCACCAAGGCCAAGAAGUGGCUGCAUGAGGCUGAAGCUCUCCAGCUCGGGGGACGUAUUCCUGUGCUGGACAGCCUCUCUGAGCUGGUUCUCAUAGCGGAGGGCAUCCCAGUGAGGCUCAACCCACUGAGUCGUUUGGAGGCCCUGGUCAGUGACGUUCAGGCCUGGAAGGAAAGCGCAGCAAAGACAUUCCUACUGAAAAACUCCCCUUUCUCUCUCCUUGAGGUGCUUUGCCCAAGAUGUGACGUAGGGGCCGGACAUCAGAGGUCAAGAUCUAAAAAAUCUAAAGAGCCUCCACAGAUAAAUAAAAAAGCUUCAGCAAAACUGGAGUCUCUGUGUGACGUAGAGAGAGCGCUUUCUGAGAGCAAGGACUCCGCCUCUGCUAUGACCACGCUCGCUGAGGUCCGUCAGAGGGAGAUGGAGAUCUUGUUGGCGUUGAGGACUUCGAAUGAAUCCAAGCUUCUUCCUGCUGAAAGUUGUUCCACACUCAGUGUUUGUGUUUGCCAGAAGGCCCCUUCAGGUGCCAUGGUGCAGUGUGAGCUCUGUCGAGACGUUUUCCACUGUGGCUGUGUGGAAGCGGCCGUCGACCUUGAGUACGGAGAAGCCUGGCUUUGCCCUCUUUGCCAGCGGUCGAGAAAACCACCUCUGGACAAGGUCCUGCCGCUGCUGGCUUCACUGCAGAGGAUCCGGGUGCGACUUCCAGAGGGAGACGCUCUUCGCUUCCUCAUCGAGAGGACGGUGCAGUGGCAGCAUAGAGUACAGCAGGCAUGCACAGAGGGAGUUCUGGAGAAAGUGUCAAAGAUGGUGAAAGCUGGACCCAGAAUAUCUUCACAUCUGACUCAGGAAAUAAAUGGUUCAUCUUUUUAUACAGAGCACCAGUCUGUUCCGCUCCAGGGACUUGGUCAUGAGCUGGAUGAGCUGAUGGUGGAGGGCUUCCUGCUGCAGGUCACUCUGCCUGAGACCGAGCAGCUGUACAGAUACCUGCUGUAUAAACUGGCGCCCCCAUCCUCACACAGCUCCCCCAGUGGGAAGCACACAGAACAGGACCAGCAGUCUCAGAGAGGGAGCCCCCAUCACAACAAGAAUGGAGGCUCCGGUCUCAAAAAGGAGUCGGUGAACGCUCAGAGCAAAAGGACCAAGCGACGUAAGGAAAGCUCCGACUCUCAGCACAGUGAGACUGCCAAGAAGUGUCGCAAGAAGAAAUUCAAGAAAAGCAAAGAGAGGAGUGAAGAGACCAAGAGGACAAGUUCUCCUUCACACACAAUGUCUGACCCUGACCCUGCUCCAUCAGACUCUGACGAGGAUUACUCACUGUGUGCUGCACCAUGGUGCAGAGAGCCAGAGGGGGACGAGGUGAACUGGGUCCAGUGUGACGGCAGCUGUAACCAGUGGUUCCACCAGGUCUGCGUGGGACUUUCUGCUGAGCGAGCAGAGAGCGACGACUAUAUUUGUAUAAGCUGCACACAGCCAGACUACAAAAGAGGAGAAUGAAGACCAAAAAGUGACUUUUGAAGGAUCAGCAGUUUUGUUGCCGCAGCACUUAAGUGCACACCUGAACUCUGUGUGCCCUGUGCCCCCCCACUCACACCCCCCCACCUUUCCCUUCUGGCUUGCCCUUAGUGAACAUGGUGCUAUUUACUUUUUUCCCAGAGUUACAAAAGACUUCUGUCACUGUUUUCAUCACGUGGCUGGUUUUUCAGCUAAUCAACUAAUCCUUUCUGAAACUUUCCGAGAUCUGAUGCAGACGUACAAAAAUGGCAAAAUGUUUCCAGAACCAACAGCACAGGGAUAUUUUUUCAGCCAAAACGGGGAAAAAAGUCAAUUGGACAUCACAUUUUAAAACAUUUUCCUUUUUUACAUGCAUCUGAACAAUGUGAAACUUAUCUUUCUCUUGUAGAGUAAAUAUUAUUUAUCUAAGCAAUAACUGAACUGAUUAAUUGCAGUUCAGUUUUCCGCUGAGCUAUAUUUGUGCUUAGACAUUCUCUGACAGGAAGCCCUCUUGAAGCUAAAAUCCUGAUGAAUUCACUUUUUGAAUCCUAUGAUCUUACUCGGUUCAGUUAACAUUUUUUAACAAAUCAGAAACAAGAGCGGCGACGACUGCACGUCUGAGCUUGUCGAUCCAACAUGUGCAAAGGUUUGCACCCGAAUAUUUGCCCACAUCCCUUAAACAUAACAACUGACUUUGAGCUGAAGUCAGGAUUCCCUUGUGCGCUGUCUGCGGGAGAGAGAACAUGAGCCUUGGAUCUGGAGUUCCUGGACCUUGAUGUUCACAGAGUGAGAAUGAACUGUCCGACGUCAAUGGAAUGUACAUUUUGUUUUAGGGUGGAUUUUCCCUUUAUAUGGUUUAGGAUGAAAAUAUCGUGUUGGACUUAGAUUUAACACCGACUGUGUGAUUUAUUUGCCACGGGUAUAUGACCUUUUUCUGCUCCUUUUGGGUAAAUAAUAUAAUUCAUAUGUUGCAGUUUGCAUUAUAAAAUAAAAAAAAAUGUUUGUUCCCAUA